AUGGCGGUAACACCCACCCCGACAACAAUCCAAAUCCCUGACCCUUUUGUGCCUGUGCAGCAACCAAAGCAUGUUCAAUCUGCAGGCAGCAACCCCCCAUCGGCAAGAAAGCAGCAGGCCACUUAUCGGGGAGUGCGAAGCAGGAGCGGCAAGUGGGUGUCCGAGAUAAGGGAGCCCCGUAAAACGACGCGUAUAUGGCUCGGGACGUACCCUACAGCCGAAAUGGCAGCAGCCGCGGAAGUAGCUGCGCUUGCCGCCGCUUCCAGGUCUCCCAACCGAUAUAGUAAUACCGGCACAUCAAAAGACGAGGGCAAACCAGAAAACGAGGAUACCAUCACGUCAGGUCCUAGUAUGAUAGCGAUUAUCCUGUAG